CCUGUUAAAACGGUUCAGGCAACCCGGAACUUUUCCACGAUAAACCAUCGCACCUGCAUCAGAUGUAAGGCUGAAGGUGCACACAUUCGUUUAGCAAGAGAAAGACAACAUGGCUGAGUCAGAGGUAGCCCAAGAACUCCCAAUAGAUGAGGUGGAAAUUGAUGAUUGUGAGGAUGAGGAACCCAACCCAUAUUAUAAAACUCCUGAGCAAAAAACCAUGCAGGAAAUUUUAGAAGCAGACAAAGAUGAUGAGAGUUUAAGGAACUAUAAGUCAAAGUUGAUGGGUGACAAAUUGCAUGUGGUCAUUGACAAAGAUAACCCCAAUAAAGUUCUAAUUAACAAACUAGAGCUUCAUGUAGAGGGCAAACCAGAGGAAAAUAUAUCCAUGGAUCUGAAAGACUUGGAAAGCUUGAAAAAUACGACAUUUGAAGUAGUGGAAGACAGUAAAUACAAGAUUGUUGUUUUGUUCCAUGUCCAAAGGGAAAUUGUGACAGGUUUGAAGUAUAAACAAGUUGCCAAGCGAAAGGGAUUGACAGUUGAAACUAAGAACAUUAUGAUUGGAAGCUAUGGCCCAGCUGAAAAUGAGCAAUGCUACACAUCCAGUGUAGAGGAAGCACCCAAGGGAAUGUUAGCUCGUGGAGUAUACAACAUGAAAAGCACAUUUAUUGAUGACGACAAACAUGAAUACCUGAAAUUUGAAUGGAAAUUAGAAAUCGUGAAGAAAAGAAAGUAACUUGAAAUCUUGAAUAAUACCAAAACACUUCCAUCAGAAAGCAAGGUCUCGUUUUUAUUCUGUCUGUUCUGUGUUGGAUACAACUGCUUCAACAUGAUCACCUUAGGAUGUGGCUUGAUGGAAUAGUGUGGGAGUUAUCCCCCUUGUAUUGUGAUGGCACGUGUCAAUACUAAAUAUCAACAGUUCUAACACCAGUAUGAGGAAUGAGUAGAGGAUGAAAACUAUCAUAUCACCCGUGAACAUUGUAGCUGAAGAUUUGUAAGAUAUAAAAAUGUAGAGACAAGGGAGCAGGUAUCCAGUCAGAAUAGUUAUUUACAAUGUCAUGUUUCAAAUGCAUUCUGAUAGAAGAUUAUGUUCUGAGCUUCAUUCCUAAAUCCUCUUCACACUUGUGGAGUUUGGAAGUGUCAUAUCAAUGUAAACUGUUUUUCAAGGGACUCAAUCAAGGUUUAAAAUAGUCUACAAAAUAUAAAGAUAUAUCUAAGGAGCUGAAUGAUUUGAUAAAUGUAGCACAGUGCAAACUGUAGUUAAAAUAUAAAAAGUUAGAAGUACUUCACUGUGGUCAUUUUAAAUUAAUCUGAAGUUUCUCAGGCAACCUCAUUUGAAAAGAGAAAGCAGUAGUCCAGUUUGUCAAUAAACAUGCAGUACAUGCUUUUGUCCAUUUACAUUUCUAAUAGGAGUUCUGGGUUUGUUUUCCCAUCCUCAGAGACGUGACUACCUCUACAUAUAACUCCUAAGAUCAACUCUACACAAAUACUGUUACUACAUGUAAAUCCGUUAAUAAGAUUCCAUUUAAAUGAUGCUUUUAUCCAGCUUAUCAUCAUCUGAAUGGAGGACAGAUUGGUUUCGCUAUUGCAUGUUAUUACUGGUGAUAUGUGUAAUGAUUGGAAUGGAAAUAUCUGGAAUCACAAUACUGCUUUUUAUUUUUGAGUGUUUUUUAUGAUAAAAUAGAUAUUGUAAACAUAAAAAAAUACAAUAGAUACUGCCAGAGAAACUACAGGCUGAUUUCAUUUGGCCUUGAUAUCACAUUUACUGUUUUUAUUGUGAAAAAUAAAUCCGACAGAUUGUAGCUUGGAUAGAUUAUAUCUAGAAAUCAUUAUUAUUAUUGAUGCAGAAGUCAUUAUUAUUGUGAAAAAUCAUUUUAAUACCAGUAAAUUAAAGGAACAUUAUAUUAGAUUGAUUAUUGUAAAUUGAAAUUGGAGCCCUUUGUGUAUGAACAAAGAAAAAAAAAUGCUGUGUGUUCUAAUCAGGAAUGAUUUUUGUGAACAAUUUGACAUUACUGAGCUUCAUAUAGUUACCCUAAAGUGCUUAUAUAUGUAAAUGCUUAUAUUGCCCAGUAUACAUGUAACCCCUGCAUUCUGCCUGUAUUUGUAUAAGAUUUCUUUGUAAGAUUGUUUAUGCCGUACAUAUAGGACUUAAUGGUUUCAUUAAUAUGCAAUAAAUUUAUGAUUUAUUUUCUUGAUUUUUCUAGAAAUUUUUGUUGGCUAUUUGUGUAUAUCAUAUUAUUCUUAAUUUUCAAUUUCUUAACAGAAGUGAAAGUGACUGAGUGUGCUGGAUGUGUUAUUUCUCAGGAAAGCUUUAUGUAUUUAUCAUUUACUGUCCAAGAGUGUACUACAGGGAAAUUAUAACAGAUGUAAACUGAUGUUAGCCAAAAUUGACAACCACACAAUAUUCAUCGACCAUCAAGAUCAGACUUUCCUGUGGAUUCCACUUUGAGAUAGCUAUAUUCAUAAACCAUCUGUUGAAUCUCAAGAUGAUGCUGAAAAAUCUGUCAAAAUUUUUUGAGAUGUUUUCAUUUGAUAAUUUGAUUAAAAAAAAAUAUGAUGGUUUCUCAAACUUCCACUAAACAUUAAGGACAUUGUAAGAUAAAGUUUACAUGUGACAUGUAGAUAUAUAUACAAUUAACAAUACAUGAACUGUACUUGUAUAUAAACUCUCUCCUAUAGGCAUAUCAGUAUCAUUAAGCAAAUUUUCACACAUUAAGUUCAAUCAUAUUCUAACUGAUGAUAGAGAUGCUGGUCAAUGUUUGCCUAUUAAAAUAAUAUUGAAUAAUU